GUUCCUUAUAUAUCAAUCCUGUUGAAAUCUCCAAUGUAACAUACAAAAAUAUUAUAAAAGAUAAAAUUAAAUGUAAUUUUCAAAUUGUCUUUAAAUUCUGUUUCUAGAAAUUACAGCUAUGUUCACACGUACAUUACAAUUAUCUUCAGAGUUACACAGAGCUACGUUCACAGUGUGAUUCCAGUUUUGUUGUUGCACUGUUCUGUUAUGUACAAAGUUAUGUUAUUUGUGAAGUAGACAUUUCUUUCCUUUUUUUUUAAAGAAACUUUGCAACUUAUGAUCCAGUGUAAGGAAAAAGUAAAUAGAUAAUUAAUACAACUCUACCUCGCAUACUCGAUUUCAAUAUUUACGUUUGUUUACACAUCUUUGAGGUUAUACACUCCCGGUACUUACAAACUGUUUUGUUAAACUUUAUAGUCAUUGUAUUUUAAUAAGUUCAAUUGUUCAAUGACUUAUUAUGAUUAAAUUUAUAAUUAUCAAAAGACAAUAAUAAUGGAGCAGCUACAAACUGCACUGACAGCGAUUAAAGUACUACGAUCUAGUGUUGGUCAAGUGUUUGAUGCUCUUGGAAAUGGUAUACGAGCUGAUCAUGGUGAAGAAAAUAAAGAAAAUAAAUAUUUAAUUGAACUGCAAGAACUUUUAACAACUGUCAGUGUCAAUUUAAGAGAUGUGGAACAAAGUGUAAGUAGUUUGAAUCCACCACCUGGACCAUUUAAUUUAGGAAGUACCGCAUAUUUAAGUCAAGAAACUACGCAAGAAAGACAAGCAUUGUAUAGCACUCUUGUUAAUAGUCACAAGUGGACUGAUAAGGUCCAUGAAUAUAGUAAUAUUGCUCAAAGGGUCCUAAGUCAAAAUUCUUUGAAGAGGUCUUACAUUAACUCUAGUAGAGCAAAGAGAGGCAGAGUUCAAACAAGUAAUCAUAAUGUUCCUCAACAGCAAGUGGAUUCGAUGAUAGCCACAUUUGAUAGACUUUUUAAUGACAUGACGGUAUCUGUGUCCAGACCGUUUGCGUCAAAUGCAGUAUUGCAUGUUACUCUGGGACAUGUUUUAAAAGGUGUAAUAGCAUUUAAAGGUUUAAUGAUUGAAUGGGUAGUGGUGAAAGGUUACGGGGAAACAAUGGAUUUGUGGACAGAAUCAAGGCAUAAAGUUUUUAGGAAAGUAACAGAAAAUGCUCAUGCUGCAAUGUUACACUUUUAUUCACCAGCACUACCUGAAUUAGCUGUUCGAUCGUUCGUGACAUGGUUUCAUAGUCUAAAUAAUUUAUUCAGCGAUCCUUGCAAACGUUGUGGUUUGCACUUACAUAGUGCUUUACCCCCAACUUGGAGAGAUUUUCGAACUUUAGAACCCUAUCAUCAAGAAUGUAAACCAUAAUUAUUUAUGUCAGAGAUUCGUAUAUUUAAUUGUAUAUUUAUUACAUAAUGUAAUUUUGAUGAAUAAAAAAGAUGAAAAAUGAA